AUGGCAGAGCGCAUAUACACCCGCGGAAAUCGCAGACCCGAACGACAAUCCCUCGGACUGGGCGAGGCAUUCCGUCGCGCGUCGCCUGGCAAUAAUAGUUGUAUCCCCCAACCAACUGGACGAUCAACGCCUUCGCUGGACAGCGAAAGCGACGCGGGAUCGCUUCGAGGGAGUCCUAGUCCGGCGCCGAAUUAUAACCCAUCCGAGAGGAUCAAGAGGGCGAUUGCGCAGCCGCCGAGGUACUUUGGGCGGAAGAAAAGUGACGAGAUGGAUGCGAAUGCAAACGGGAGUCCUGCGUCACCGCGUAUCAAUGGCACGGGAGCAGGGACGAGGAUGACGAACGGGACGUCGGUGUUUGCGCAGGGCAGAAGGACGUUGAACCCUAGGACUGUGGAGACGACAAGGACGUUGCCUAGGAAGACGAGUGCGACUUCUAAUCCUCCCGCUGUUUUGGAGGAACAGGGCGAUAUUGCGGACGUACCUCUCAAUUUGACGAAGCAGUGGAAACAGGAGGCUGAUGCGCAUAUCCUCGAUCCUCCCGUCCAUGUACCAAAGCAAUGGGGACAGAGAGCGAAGAAAGCGAGUAGUGUACAGUGGAUGAAGAAGAUUCUUUCGCCCGAUCCGACGCUGGAAAUGGAUUUCGGGAUGGAUUUGGAUGUUAAGGACUUCAAUCUGAGGGGAGGGUAUGGGUACGGAAAUGAAGGGUCUGAUGAGAGUUUGCUGAACAUGGAAGAUAUAUCUUCUCAUUCGCUGCCUGAUAUGUUACCUUCGAGGUUUGCAAGUGAGGAAGGCCCAAGGUACCCAUUAAAGGAUCGCGACUUGAAUAGGGAGGAAAGGGAGCGCGUUUCUGUUGAUGUUGAGAUUCCGGAAGCAAGAACAAGACCAGAAAAUACUUCAAGGAUGGCAAAGGCGCAAUUGGAAGAGAUGGAUUUCGACGUUUCACAAACGCUGCCACCUCCGAAGGAAACGGAAUCUGAGGCAAGAAGGAGGAGGGCAAGAGAAUCACGGAAGGCAAGGGAAAGUGCCGCGCAGGAGAAAGACGAGGAGGUGGAGGUAGAGUUACCGAAGAAGGAAACUAUCAUAGAUACGAAUUCUGCUGCUGAGAAAAGGAGAGAGCGCCGAGCAGCCUUGUGUCUUGAGAAACCAAGGGAGCGGGAACCAUCAGAAGAACCAGAAUCUAGGAUUCCCAGGAGGAGGGAACGUGCAAAAGAAUCAGAAACCAAUGAGUCAAGCAGAGAGGAAGCAAAAGAUUCGGGGGCUGAGAUUAACAGCAGAAGGCAACGCGCUAUGGAUUCCAUUGCGGCGAGGAGAGAGCGAAGAAAGGGUUUGGAUUCAAAGAGAGGAGGAGCAAGAGAACCAGGGUCUCAAAUUCCAAGGCUAUGGCAAAAAGAUGACGAUUCCGAUGUCUCAAGAGAGCGAGUUAACGGCCGAGUCUCAGUAACACCAAGCAGAAGGGGAAAGUCGAGAGAAACGGACUCUGAUAUUGCCAAAAGGGAGCCACCGAAAGAUCAGGAGGCGGAUAUUCCCAGAUCUACAACGCCAGAAGACGAGCCGAACGUUGCUAUCCUAGAGCAGAAAACCCAAGAACCCGUACCCGAUUCCCUCAGAGUUACUCCAGCGUCACCUCAACCAGAUGAAUCGCCUGAAAAGACUUACCUCUGGAAUGCUGAUGUCGAAUUUACGGCCCAUUCUAUACUGAUGAACGAUAGCCCAGCAAUCAGACAGAGGAACAUCACCCAUGAGUUGGAGGCGGAUACAGAAAGUAGUAAACCAAACUCUGAAGCUGACCCAGAGGAUCGAAUUACAGCGGAAGUAAAACUGUUUGAGCUUCAAGAUAACAAAUCGGGCCAAAACUCUGUGAAAGAGACAUCUCGUGCGCCAUCACCCAAGCAAGAAAACCCUACCCUUGAACCACCCGUCAUAUUGGAGCCAAAAAACGAAUCUCCCCUGCCUCCCAAAAUCGAUCCACUAACCCUCCCCACACCGAGGGUCACGGGAGCGUUUAUCGAGACACCAGCACCAACCACCCGAAAAACAAGAAGACCCCGUUCCUCAUCCCUCACAGGCCUUCCUUCAGAAAAUAGCACUACAUUCGAUCUCACUCCGGAAUUACCCAAAGAUACCAAAAGCACCACCACCAAAACCGCCCAAGCAACCCUCAAAUCACGUCUCCCAUUCCAAAGAAAACCCCUCAUUAACACCGCUGUUCUCGCUUCAGCAGCCGAAGAUAUCCGCAAACUACAACUCGAAGGACAAUACGAAGAUUGUACGCUCGAAGAACUGGAUAAACUCCUCGAUGUCACCGAUCUUGAUAUCAAGAAAGAAGAAGAAGAGGAUAUCGACUUGUAUGAUGAGACGGGGCGUAGACUUACACUCAAGGAGAAGGAUAGGAGACUGGAGGAAUUGGCGAUGGAGAGAAUGGACCACAAACUUAAGAAGACUACUCAUAGUAUCCGUGAUGCGAAACAGGGGAUCGAAAGGAUCGAAGAGAAAGUUCUAGACAGCUCGUCUUGGACUCCUAUUUCUUCCACCAAACCUCGAGGCUCCACUCCCAGCACUGUCUACCUCCAAAUCCCUGCACCGAGACUUUGGCACCAUCUCGAGUCCACCGACUCCAAAGGAUGGCUCCACAGGAAAUGGCGGUUCACGUACCUGGGUAUCUUCCUGUUCACCUUCCUCACCUGGUACCUUGCGGAAACUGUCAUGUGCGAGAUCUUUUGUCAUCCCCUUGAGGCGACGCAUAACAAUUGGAGCGUCUCGGAUCCGUUUUUCCCUUGGGCUAUUCCGACGAAGAUUGAUCAGUGGACGGGACGGGUGGUUAGUCGGUGGCUUGGGUAUCGCGAGGUGUGGCUUUGGUAG